AUGUAUGAGUCUCUACUUCCAAAGGUUGCCAUAAAGGUUGAUGAAACUGACACGAAUUUUGGCAACAUCGAUAAUCUACUGGUUGAAUUGAAAGGAUUGGUGCUGAAAUCCAGCUUUUUUUCCUCUUCGAUAAUAACUGCAGAACUUAUUUCUAAAAAGUUUAAGUUGUUGGAGUCCAUAAUUCAACAUGAGCUUGCACCAGUCGCCAAACUCAUACAAAUGAUGCCAACUGAUGCCCCACUUGUUUCCAUAGGGGUGCAAGGGGAGAAAAGGGAGUUGUUGGCAUUGUUUGGAGAGUUAGUGGAAGCACAUCGAAUAAAAAAGAUGAUGAUGCGAAGGUUUUUGGGAAGGUCUUGUCUACUCAAAUUCUAA